AUGAGCGGGGAGGAGGCCGACAGCUCCAAGCCCCACCAGGGAGGCGUAUACGGCACCUUCCAGGGGCUGCCCAGCUACCCGCCCCCGCGCCCGCCACCCGUCGGCUUUCCACAGCCCGCCCCGCCGCCGGGCCUCUCCGCCCACCACCGCGGCGGCUACCAGUCCGUUCCCGCUCGAGAUUACGAAGCAGGUGUGCGGGGACACAGCCAUGAUCGACUUCCCUGUUGCGGCAUUGGUUUUGGGUGGUUCCUGUUCAUAAUCGGUUUCUUUCUUGGUGCCAUUCCCUGGUACAUUGGAGCCCUUCUGCUGUGGUGUUCCAGAGUUGAUUACAGGGAGAAACCAGGCUAUGUCGCAUGCACAGCAGCGGUGAGUAAACAACCUGCAUUACACAACUCAUGUGUCAUGUGGUCCAUCAUCAAUAAGAUCAGAUGUGGACGCACAAGACAUCAAUUCUCUGCCAUAGCCAUAGAAUGCCGCAGCAAUGCCACAAAGUUUGUGACAUCAGGAAGUUUGGUUAGGGCUUUACGGUUCUACCGUUUGGAAUAUAAGAUUGAAUUACACUGUGAAGGCAAUGUUGACACAGGACAUCUCGAAGAACAUGAUUCUGACCGUCAGCUUGCUGUUGUCAAAGUGAACUCCUCCCUUGAUGUUCAUUGUGUGCGUCUGAAUCUUGGAAUGGAGUUCAUGCCCCACAAGGAGAACGUAGCUGCUAUAGGGCGUGAUCUCUUUGGGAAUUUAAUGGUAACAACUGGGUUGCUUUCAUAUGAAGAUAAAAAAUGUCUUGUGUUCUCUGAUGCUGAUAAAUGCUCUGAGAAUUGGUUAGGGGCGGCAUUUUUUGAUUUUGAUGGAAACUUUGUUGGUAUGAACCACUUCAUUUUUCUGCCACCAAGAAUAGUUCUCGAACAGUCGACGUCCAUGCAAAGGAUGGCAUUUCGCUAUGUUGGCAUGAACGGUUGGUUUGAGACUAUAAGUGGGGAGCAGUGCCUCCAUCCUAAGGCAUAUGAUUGUGCUGACAAGGAAGAAUUUCAGGAUCUAUACUCUUUGGGUUAUCCCAUUCCAUCAAGGAGUAUGGUUAAUAGUGGCUGGGUUUUGGUUAAUACCUUUGAAGAUACUUUUGGUCAUGUCUAUCCGGAAGGUGUCUGGAUUAGUAUCAGGAAAAGAGUUUCUUCUGAAAUAUCUCUAAGUGUUGUGGCACUUGCUUCUUUCAAUGGCAAGACAAGGUUUUUUGCAUGCACAGGAGUUUUUGUUGACUUCGACUAUAAAUGUCCAAGUAUUCUGACUUCAGCGAGCUUGGUUAGGGAUCCUUAUAAUCACAAUAAGAUUGUUGAAGGCUUGAGGAUUGAAAUGUUGCUCCCAAACAAACAGCGUGUGGAUGGGACAUUGCUACAUUACAGUUUACAUUACAAUGUUGCUCUAGUCAAUGUCAAGGAUUGCUGCGCUCGCUAUCCUGUGAAUCUUAAACAUACAAUUCCUCUCGAACUUGAUGAGAGAAUAGAUACAAAGGUAUUAGCUGUUGGGCGGAUCUUCGAAUCAGGCACAUUAAUGGCUACAAGUGGAAUACUAACUGCUGAUACAGGCAGUCUUGACUGUAGUAAACUUUCUUACUCCACAUGUGAAGUCACUAAGGUCGGUAUCGGAGGGCCCCUUGUUGAUGUCGAUGGUAAUUAUAUUGGCAUGAACUUUGUUGGAUUGAAUAAGGAAAUAGGAACGGCAUACCUGUAUUGUGAACAUCUCCGCAGAAUAUUGGAAUAUUUCGACACAAAAAACAGUACGUAUUUAAGGGCAUAUGGUUUGAAGGCCGUUGUUAUUGAAGAUGGCCAGAGACCAAUAAACAUAUGGCCAGUUCCUGUUCCACAGUGGUGUCAUCCAAUUGAGCUGGAGGAUCAUAUGAAUGAUAAACGUGAAGAUCGAGCCAACGGCCUCCCAAAUUCGUGCUCAAGUAGUCGUUGCUGUACCAUGUAG